CACAGUAUGAUGAUUUCCAACACAACCGACUUCACUAACCCCUCCACCUUCAUCCUGCUGGGCAUUCCUGGCCUGGAGAUGACCCAAGUCUGGAUCUCCAUCCCCUUUUGCACAAUGUACGCCAUAGCCAUCUUGGGGAACUUCACCAUCCUGUUCAUCGUGAAGAUGGAACCGAGCCUCCAUGUGCCCAUGUAUCAUUUCCUCUGCAUGCUGGCUGUCACUGACCUGGUCCUGUCCACAUCCACCCUGCCCAAAAUGCUGAGCAUCUUCUGGUUCAAUUCCAGGGAGAUCAAUUUCAGUGCCUGCCUCACCCAACUGUACUUCAUUCACUGCUUCUCAGUGAUGGAGUCUGGGAUCUUCGUGGCCAUGGCUUUGGAUCGCUACGUGGCCAUCUGUGAUCCCCUGAGGCAUUCUACCAUCCUGACAAACCCUGUGGUGGCCAAGAUUGGCUUGGCUGUGGUGCUGCGUGGCGGCAUGCUUGUACUGCCCUAUCCCUUCCUGGCGAGGCAAUGGCCAUAUUGCAGAACCAAUAUCAUCCCCCACACAUAUUGCGAGCACAUAGCCGUGGUGAAGCUGGCCUGCACCGACAUCCGCAUCAGUAGUUACUAUGGCCUCUUUGUGGCAUUUUUGGUGACCGGUCUGGAUGUAUUUUUUAUCGCUGUGUCCUAUAUUCAGAUCCUCAGGGCCAUUUUCAGCCUCCCCACAAAGGACUCCCGGCUGAAGACUUUUGGAACCUGCAGCUCCCACCUCUGUGUCAUCUUAAUCUUUUACAUCCCAUCUCUCUUCUCCUUCCUCAUGCACCGGUUUGGGCACAAUUUGGCCCUGCAUUUCCACAUUCUCAUUGCCAAUGUGUACCUCCUUCUGCCCCCCAUGCUAAACCCCAUCAUCUACGGGGUGAGAACCAAACAGAUCCGGAACAGGCUGCUCCAGCUCUUUUCUCAUAAAGGGACCUAA